AUGUACAGCUGUACAGAUGCUGAUGAACUAUCAUAUCGUACAUCUGCGUCGUCUCCUACUCGAUCUAUAGCUCCUUCGUCCCCCAUCUUCGGAAAUUGGAAUUUCUUGCAGUCGCUUCGUUGGUUCUGCUCUCUAGCUUUUAACUCGUUCCUGCUCUUUCUUCAGACCGAUCUGAGCUGCGGGCCGUCGUCCAAGGCGAAAGGAGGGCAGCCGGCAGUGACGGUCUCCGGCGGCGACAGGCAGGGGAGGGGCAAGAUCGAGAUCAAGCGCAUCGAGAACACGACGAACCGGCAAGUCACCUUCAGCAAGCGUCGCAACGGCCCGCUCAAGAAGGCGUACGAGCUCUCGGUGCUCUGCGACGCCGAGGUCGCGCUCGUCGUCUUCUCCAGCCGUGGCUGCCUCUACGAGUACGCCAACGUGUAUCAUGUGCCUAGAUCCUACACGCUGCGCGCGUCAGCUGUUUGCGCUGUCCAAAUUCGGAGCAAGUUCGCUCCCAUCUUUCUCGAGGCAAAACCGCGGGGUCGGAGGGUCAAUUGGGGAGCUAGCUAG